CAACAAUAGCAUAGACUCCACCUCCUCGUUCCACCCUCUUCCCCAGCUAGUGGGGGUUCGCCCCGGUACUCGCCGUCUUUCCAUUCCCACGGCCCUCGCGAGUCCGGGAGGCAGGGCCCGAGCUGAGAGAGCAGCGGCACGAGAGGGGCAGCAGGAUGAAUGUGGGCACGGCGCACAGUGAGGUGAACCCCAACACGCGGGUGAUGAACAGCCGCGGCAUCUGGCUGUCCUACGUGCUGGCCAUCGGGCUUCUCCAUGUCGUGCUGCUCAGCAUCCCCUUUGUCAGCGUCCCUGUUGUCUGGACCCUCACCAACCUCAUCCACAACAUGGGCAUGUACAUCUUCCUGCACACGGUGAAGGGGACACCCUUUGAGACUCCGGACCAGGGCAAGGCGAGGUUGCUAACCCACUGGGAGCAGAUGGACUAUGGGGUCCAGUUCACAGCGUCUCGGAAGUUCUUAACCAUCACACCCAUCGUGCUGUACUUCCUCACCAGCUUCUAUACCAAGUAUGACCAGAUCCAUUUCAUCCUCAACACUGUGUCCUUGAUGAGUGUGCUCAUCCCCAAGCUGCCCCAGCUCCACGGAGUCCGGAUUUUUGGAAUCAAUAAGUACUGAGGGCGCAGCCCCUUCCCCUGUCUGGCUGGCGGGGGGAGGAGUAGGAGCCUGUGCUGUGAUGCUGAAGACAGAAGGAGCCUCUGGAUCCUGCUAGAGAUGGGGGUUGAGCCUCUGGGCCCUCGUUUCCCCCCUCACUUCCCCCGGUAGCCGACUUGAAGUAGCUUGUAGUGGAGUUCGGGUGGACCCCCCCAGGUCUCUGACCCUUUCUGAUUUUUUUGAUCGUUUCCUUUUGCCUUUUGGAUAGAGACUUCGUGGGGGCAGUCAUGGAAUGGGCUGGGCUCCCGGCUGAAUGCAGACAUGUGAGGUUGGGACAAGAGAAAUCCCCUGCUCACUUGCUCAUCCUCAGACUGCUAAAGCACUUUAACCCCUGCAAGGGGAGCAGGGGGUUACGGUACAGCUUCUGGAUGGUUUCACUUUAAUUCUUAAGUCUUUAGGAUGACACUCAGUGUGUGCUCGUAUAUAUGAAAGCAAGCGCAUGACGGUGCCUCAUUCCUCCGGGUAGAGAACUGUCUAUUGCAAGUCUCAUGCUUUUGGCAGCUCCCCUCCCACCCACCCUGGGCACUGGAUUGGAGUGGGGAGGGUAAGGAGAGGGGUGGUGGGGCUGGGUGUGGGUGGCCUGGUCCCAGAGGUGAGGGGGCUGCGUCCACUCUCAUCUUGGCCCUGGUGGAGGUGGGGAGGGCGGUUGGGGCAGGGCUGGGGAUGGAGAAUUGAGACAUGAAAGAAGGGGCCACACAGCGGCAGAGAUUGGUGUAAGGGAGGGGGAUGGGGAUAGAAGCCGGACCUAACCUCAGUCUUUGGGAAGUGGACAGGAUGGGGCAGGCUCAGGGGCUGCCCCACAGCCUGGUGGUGAUAAUAGGACGACAGGAGGCUGUGGGGGGUUGGGAGCUCCCGCGUCAGCGUGGGGGGUGCGGAGGGGUGGAAGAGGCCUGUGAGUCAUCGCUAGCACCGGUCCAGUGUGACACUGCCUUGUGCGCUGGUGUGAGGGGUGUGGGGGAACUGGGACAUGUGAUGGGUGGUAGGGCUCUUCUGCAUCCUCCGCCUUCUCCUCAUGCAGACUGGAGCUGGUGCAGGGCCUCUUGUGUGGCGUGUACCUGUGGGGCUCUGGGGCCACCCCCGAACGGGGGGCGUGGGCCACAGAAUGGCCCCUGCCCAGGCAGGGUAGCAGAAGGAGCCAGGAGUGACCUGCGGACGCUGUCGCCUCAGCUGCCGCCAGGAGAUGUGGGGCAGGGGCCUGAGUGUGGGCUGGAGAGAGGGGCUGCUUUCUCCCCUGCUUGAUCUGACCAGGGUCUGGGUUACUUUUGAAAAGGUGUGGGUGCCCAUGCCCCGCCUCCCAGGGCCCUGAGGGAGGAGGGGAGGUCAUUGGUCCAGUUUCCUGCCUCCCGAUUCCCCUGCUCCCCACCCCAUGUGUCAUAGGGAACUUUCACCUCAAAAUCUUUCUAAGCAAUGUGUGAAUAGGAUUUUUACUCCCUUUGUACAGUAUUCUGAGAAACGCAAAUAAAGGACAAUGUGUUUCUGUUU